ACAAUGUUAAAGAAAACAAGGAAGUUUAUUGGCAAAUCCCUGCAGCCAGCACGACCUGUGCAUCAUCUGCCUUCGAAACAAGCUGCCAUCGCCUUGGACUUUCCGACUGAGCUGCCCAGCAGCACUGAAGUGUGUUUGCCCGGCAAGGUUGACCUGUUAUCUGAAGCGACCGAAGCAAAGAGCUUAAGUGAAGCUAUGAUGGCCUGUCAACCAAAGCAGCACCAAUCAGAAGAGAAAAAAGAAAGGAUCAAAUACAGCAGAGAUUUCCUUCUGAAACUUUCAAGUGCUUCUCUCUCUCAGAAGAAGCCAGAGUUUCUUUCUGACCAUCCAAUUAUACUUGAAAAGCCAGAAAAGAGAAACCCUUUUACUGACAUGUGUAAGAAGUGACAGAUUGUUUGGAAGACGAGGACUCGAUCAGUGAAGGAGCUACAUACCAUGUAGAUCUUCCAAGAUUUUUGAAGACACUUUGGUGCCUGCAGGUGAAAGCAGGACCAUGUGAAACUUACAGAAAUGCUGUUUCUUCCUGAAAUGGGCUGGAUGCUUUCAUUUGUAUUACCAUC